AUAAAUUUACUACUGCACAGCCAGUGCAAAUGGACUUAGGAUCAUUAUCCUCACUUCCUCCUGCUCAUUCAUCCUCGGGCCAGGGAGCACGACCUCGUCGAAAGCAAACUGGACCAGCUCCAGGACUGUCGCUUUCUACCAAUGAUCUUAACCCACCUCAGAUACAACGGGUUGUUGUUGAACAUGUGGUUCGAAAUACUGAUUUGACUGGUCCAACCUCACUUCGUCUCCGUACUUUUUCAGGAAGGUUUCCUAAGCCGAGUCAUGAAGCUGAUUUUGAGUCCUGGCGUUCCCAGAUUGAGUCUCUGCUUGCUGAUCCCAGUCUCUCUGCACUACAUGUCACUAGACGAAUCCAAGAGAGUUUGUCAUCACCUGCAGCUGAUUUAGUCAAAGGUUUGAGCCCCCAUACAGUACCAACAGUUUUGCUAAGCGUACUAGAUUCUGCUUUUGGAACAGUGCAGGACGGUGAAGAAUUGUUUGCACAGUACUUAAACAUUCUGCAGAAUCCAGGGGAACGACCAUCCACUUACCUUCAAAGGCUUCUGCUCACCCUCAACACUGUUGUGAAGCAAGGAGGAAUUUCACCUGCUGACAUCAAUAAACAUUUACUCAAACAGUUUUGUCGUGGGUGUUGGGAUAACACUGUCAUCACAAAGUUACAGCUGGAACAAAAGAAAGACAACCCACCAGCUUUUUCUGAUUUGUUGUUGUUACUCAGGACAGAAGAAGAUAGGCAACAUGCUAAAGAGUCACUUAUGAAAAAGCACAUUGGAACGUCUAAACAGAAAGUUCACGUUCAGUCCCAAAGUGCCUGUUCUUGUGGACAUUCUACGUCCAAUGAAGAGCUGAAAGAAAUGAAAAAACAGCUUCAGAAACUACAGCAGCAAAUGUCCCAACUUCUGUCCAGGAAGAGUCCAGCUGAAUUCAAGUCCAUGUCAAGACAGAACAAGUCCUACUCUUCACCUCAGGUACGAACCAAGCCCAAGCCUUGGUACUGUUUUAAUUGUGGAGAAGACGGCCAUCUUUCCUCCUCCUGCACAAAUAAAGCAAACCCCAGUCUGGUUGAGCAGAAAAAGAAACUGUUACGCCAGAAGCAACAAGCAUGGGAUGCCAAAAUUUCAAAAUCUUUAAACUAGAAACAGCUCCUGUAGUGGGACACACAGAAGCUGUGUAUAUGAACAGUCCCAAAGAACGCAGGAUAAGAACACUGCCACAAGGUCUUAUCGGCACAAAGAGCAUAUGCCAAGUUCAGAUAAAAGGAGAUCAGCUUAACUGCCUCCUUGAUUCUGGCUCACAGGUUACUACUAUCCCCUACUCCUUCUACAAUACUUACCUCAGGGACCAUGAAAUCAAACCAAUAAACAACCUGUUGGAAAUAGAAGGAGCAAAUGGACAAACAGUGCCUUACCUGGGAUAUGUAGAGAUCAACAUGACCUUCCCACCUGAAUUGUUUGGUUUACCUGUUGAAGUUGACACACUUGCUCUUGUUGUGCCUGAUAAUAAGCCAUCUCAACAUCUGGUUCUCAUUGGCACAAAUACCUUAGAUGUUGCUUACAGCAAACAUUUUGACACUCACCCUGACGAGUCAUUUCAACCUACAGUCUCUGGUUAUAUAGCGGUGUAUAAGAUCCUCCAACACCGCUAUGCCCAGAGUUCGAAUGAACUUACUGCAACUGUCACCCUGCAGUCUAGUCAGCCCCAAAUCAUUACUGCUGGGCAGACCACAGUUGUAGAAGGGUGCUUAGCUUCAAGAUUGUGGCAAGGAGAAAAACAAGUCCUCCUGGAACAUCCGAGUUCCUAUGCCCUCCCUGGUGGGCUCAUGGUAAAAACCUGCCUCAUUGACUUGCCUCAACACCGGCCGUGUCAUGUGCCAGUCGUUGUGAGCAAUGAGUCGAACCAUGAGAUUCAUAUUCCAGCACGAGCAGUCAUAGCAGAAAUCAGCACUUUCCAGAGUGUGAUCUCACAAGAGCAAACAGUCCACAAUUCAACCCAGUCUACAGAGUCCCUACAACCAUCUCAACCACAAUACAACUUUGGAGACUCACCUUUAUCUCCAGAAUGGAAGCAGCGAAUCAUCCAGAAACUCAACAGUAUUCCUGAGGUGUUUGCAAAGCACGAGCUGGACUUCGGCCGGACAGACAAAGUUAAACAUCAAAUCAAGUUGUCUGAUCCCACUCCUUUCAAACAAAGGCCAAGACCAAUCCACCCUCAGGAUAUUGAUGCUGUAAGAAAGCAUUUGCAAGAGCUUUCUGAUUCCGGAGUAAUACGCGAGUCUGAUUCACCAUUUGCUUCUCCAAUUGUGGUUGUACGCAAGAAGAACGGCAGUGUACGCCUCUGUAUAGACUAUAGGAAGCUAAAUCUUCAAACAAUAAAGGACGCCUAUGCUCUACCCAAGCUUGAAGAUACAUUUUCUGCCCUUUCUGGAUCAAAGUGGUUCACUGUGUUAGACCUUAAGUCGGGCUAUUACCAGAUUGAAAUGGAGGAAAAGGAUAAAUCCAAAACUGCCUUUGUAUGUCCAUUGGGGUUUUGGGAAUUCAACCGCAUGCCGCAAGGGGUCACCAAUGCCCCAAGUACAUUCCAAAGGUUGAUGGAAAAAUGCAUGGGAGACUUAAAUUUAAAAGAAGUUUUGGUUUUCAUCGAUGAUUUAAUCGUUUUUGCACCUACCUUGGAAGAACAUGAAGAGCGCCUGAUGAAAGUUCUCAAUAAACUUAAGGAUUUUGGGUUGAAGCUGUCAGUUGAGAAGUGUGUGUUUUUUCAAACAUCUGUGAAGUAUCUGGGGCAUGUUGUGUCCCAGAAUGGUGUUGAGACAGAUCCAGAUAAGAUCAAAACACUUACCUCCUGGCCAGUGCCCAAAAACCUAAAAGAGCUAAGGUCUUUUCUCGGUUUCUCUGGAUAUUACCGCCGUUUCGUCCAAGGAUAUUCAGCCAUAGUUAAGCCAUUGCAUGACCUGACUGCUGGUUAUCCGCCAUCUCAGAAGAGACUGAAGCCAACGGUAAAGCCAGAGAAUUACCUGAACCCCAAGGCACCAUUUGGAGGACGAUGGACUCCAGUGUGUGAGAAGGCUUUUGAAACCAUAAUCGAAAGAUUAGUCUCUGCCCCUGUAUUGGCAUUUGCUGAUCCACAAAAACCCUACAUACUCCACACCGAUGCCAGUUCUACCGGUCUUGGUGCGGUGUUGUAUCAGGAGCAGGGCGAAAAGAACAGAGUUGUGGCAUAUGCCAGCAGAGGUCUCUCGCGGAGUGAAUCCAAGUAUCCAGCUCACAAAUUGGAAUUUCUCGCUCUGAAAUGGGCAGUGACAGAGAAAUUCAAUGAUUAUCUUUAUGGUGCUCAGUUCACAGUUGUCACAGACAGCAAUCCACUGACUUACCUAUUAUCCUCAGCAAAACUUGAUGCUACCGGUUACAGAUGGCUUUCAGCUUUGUCAACAUUCACAUUCAAGAUCAUCUACAGAGCCGGAAAGCAGAACAUGGAUGCUGAUGGAUUGUCUCGACGACCUCAUGGUGAGCUGUCUGAUGAUCCUACCUCCCGGAAGGAACAUGAACGAGUCCUGAAGUUCGUUCAGCAUCACCUCAACGAACCAGAUUAUGUUUCCAUUGAUCAGCACACCAUCGAAGCAGUUUGUGCCCGUCACCUGGUGUAUAGCCCAGGUGCACAUCUUGACCACGCUCUGGUGUUGUCUAUGACCACUCAUGUCAACAGCCUACCUGACAGCUUUACUGACGAUGAACAGUUCAGCUCCCCUUCACUUCCUCGAUUCUCAGCAGAUGACAUUGCAGCUAAGCAGCGUGACGACCCUGUUAUCCGCCAUGUCAUAGCUCAGCUGGAACGAGGAGAAUCACCAUCACCAUCGGUGAAGGAAGAACUUCCUGAACUGCCCCUUCUACUCCGAGAAGUAAAUAAAAUGGAGCUCCAAAACAACCUUCUCGUUAGGAGGAGACAAGUGGGAAGUGAAACAAAGUACCAACUAGUAUUACCUGAGGGGUAUCGAGCUGUUGUGCUGCACCAACUGCAUAACCAAAUGGGUCAUAUGGGAAUUGACAGAACUAUAGACUUAGUCCGUUCCCGUUUCUACUGGCCUAGGAUGUUUAUUGAUGUUGUCAAUAAAAUCAGAACCUGUGAAAGAUGUGUGAGACGCAAAUCUUUACCAGAACGAGCUGCACCUUUGGUCAACAUCAAAACCACUCACCCCUUGGAGUUGAUGUGUAUGGAUUUCCUCUCUGUAGAACCGGAUCGCAGAAUCAAAGACAUCCUUGUUAUAACAGACCACUUUACAAAGUAUGCCAUUGCUGUGCCUACUCCAAACCAAAAAGCUAAGACCGUUGCUAAGUGUUUGUGGGAUAAUUUCCUUAUGCAUUAUGGCAUUCCGGAAAAGCUGCACAGUGAUCAGGGUCCAGAUUUUGAAUCAAGAACCAUCCGAGAACUCUGUAAAAUGGCCAACAUUCACAAAAUAAGGACCACACCAUAUCAUCCAAGAGGAAAUCCUGUGGAACGUUUUAACAGAACGCUUCUGGACAUGCUGGGAACAUUAUCUGAAAAAGAAAAAACUAAUUGGACGGAUUUUGUAAAACCACUAGUGCAUGCUUACAACUGCACAAAGAACGAUGUCACGGGAUACUCACCCUACGAGCUGAUGUUCGGACGCCAACCACGCCUACCGGUGGAUUUAGCUUUUGGACUGCCAUUAAAUGAGGAUGGAUUUUGCUCCCAUACGCAGUAUGUGCAAAAGUUAAAGUCCCACCUGGAGGAAAGUUACAAACUGGCCAGUAAGAACUCAGCUAAAGUGAUGCAGCGUAACAAAACCCGAUUUGACCAGAAAGUUACUGCAUCAGAACUAAAUGUUGGAGACAGAGUCCUAGUAAGGAACGUGCGACUAAGGGGGAAGCACAAACUCGCAGAUAAGUGGGAGUCGUCUGUGUAUAUUGUUGUGAAGAAAGCCGGCAAUCUUCCUGUGUACACAGUCAGACCGGAAGGCCAGAACAAACCACUAAGAACCCUGCAUCGAGACCUUUUAUUGCCAUGUGGAUACUUACCUUUUCCUGAGGAAGAAAUGCCUACCAGAGCUAAAAGGAAAUCUCCUGUGUUUUCUCCAGUAUCUCCUGAUGAUGAAGAGGGUCCAUCAGAGGAAGAACUAGUCGAUCCACCUUUGCACAUUCCAUCAUCUUUUGAACCUGUCAGAUUUACAAUUGAUAUUGACCUGCCUCCUGUCGAGCAGUCUGUCCCAGGAACUGAACAGUUUGUUCCCAUCACACAAUCUCCAGUGCCUGUAACUGAAGAGGACAGUGAUGCUGAGGAUGAUGAACCCAAACCUGUGGAAGGGGAACUUAUGACUGUUAAAGAGGAACAACUAGCAGUAGAGAGUGAGGAACCUGAAAUUGACUCUGAACAACUCAAUCCUGCUGAAGUCUCCAGAGCUGAAGGAAGACUCUCUCCAGAUCCUGAUACUCCAGAGUCUGACAAUGCAGAACAUGACACACAAGAAACUGAUAUAUUUGACAUUCCCAGCCAUACUGAAGAACCUCACUCACCAGUGGAUUCAGUAUCUCUGGACAGUGAAGACCAACCUCUGAGACGUUCUAGCCGCACAAGAAAUCCACCUGAUCGAUUACAGUACACUAAACCUGGCAAACCAUUACUGAAAAGCAUUCAGGCUUUGCUUCACGGUUUGAGCUCUGCUUUCUCCUUCGCCCUUCAAGAAGAUGAAGAAGAACAGUUCAUUGCUCCGUACUCCAAUCAGCCUCCCAUUUGCUGCCAGCCUGGUGCAUGUACGAGGACGUACAUGGGAUCAGGAGGGGAGGGUGUAACCUGUCAGGUUUUUUUCACCCCCUGUGUCACGUCAGGAUGGCGAGCUACCGGAUCACCGCAGCUUCGCGAAAUGGCUCAUCAAUUCCCAAGACAACACAAUGGGAGAACAGGACCCCAGGCAAGAUGGGGAAAUCAACAAAACCACAAUGGGAGAAUAGGACCCCAGGCAAGAUGGGGACAUCAACAAAACCAGCAAGCCUGGUUUCAACCUCCACCUGAGGAUUUUUUACAAGGGGAAAUCCAAAGAUUGAACCAUCUUUUGGAAAUGGAGAAAGGGAGAUGGUUUGAGGAGAACCAAAAGGUAGUCGAACUGGAAUCACAGUUGGAGGAGACAAAAUCAGAGGUGAAAAGGCAGAAAAAUCUCAAAGAAAUGUUUAUCAACAAAGGCAAAGAGACAAAGAGGGAACUGGAGAGAUUACAAAAGGUUAGUGAUCCAGAGAUCCUAAACUCUGCAGCCAUUGCCGAAAUAGUUCACAACGACAUGAAAUACAAGAAGAAAAAGAUGCUGCAAAAAGACUUUGAUGAACUGAAGGUGGCCCACAUCCUCGUCCAACAAUCUCUUACUUCACAAAUCCAGGCAGAAAAAGACAAGAAUAUUGCCCUCCAAGAAGAACUGGACAAACUCAAGACUUCCUACCAGGAGCUUCCCUCCAAAAGUAAAGAUGCUUCUGCAGAAAUGCAGCAUGUUGGGAUUCAGACAGAGAAUGAAGAAAGAUCCAGUGAGAACGAACAACUCCUCGAAAAUCUCAGAGCUGAGAAGGAAGACCUCUUCCAAAAAAUGUCUCAAGAGAUCGCAUCUCUGCAGGAGAGGGACACCAGUUUGCUGAGACAACUAGACCAGCUUCAAGUUUCAUACCAAGAACUGAACUGUAGGUAUGAAAAAGAUGUUUCUGCAUUAAAACAGCAAGCAGAGGCAUAUCAGCAGGAGCUAAACUGCCACAAAAAUGCUAGUUCAGAGAGAGCAAGGCAGGACCUGCAGCUUAUCAACGACCUGAUAGCUGAAAAAGAUGAUCUCUAUCAAAAAAUGUCACAAGAGGUCACAUUGCUUCAAGAGAAGGAGAAAAAUUCACAGAGUGAAUUAGAGCAGGUUAGAGAGUCAUACCAAGAAAUGACCGGCUUGUAUGAAAAAGACGUUUCUCUACUUAAACAGCAAGUAGAAAAAUAUCAGAAGGAGUUUGAUCAUGAGAAAAAAGCUAAUUCAGAGCGAGCAAAGAAUGACCUCGAGCAAAUCAACAAACUGAGAGCUGAGAGGCUUCAUCUCUACCAAGAAAUGUCUGAAGAAAUCCAGAUUCUGAAACAGAAACUCGAAGAACCGGUGAACCAUUUGUCAGGUGUGACAAAACAGAGUGAAAACAAUAACUCUGCACUGAAACAACAGGUAGAACAACUUCAACUGCAGAUAAUUCAGGAGAAGAAAAGUCAUUUGGAGGCAUCAAAGAAGGACCUGACACUUCUUAACAAGUUGAGAGCCGAGCAAGACCAUCUCAAAGAAAACGCCUCAAAAGAAAUCACCUUCCUGCAAGAAAAGGAGAAACGUUUGCAGGGAGAGAUGGACAAGAUUCAAGUUUUACAGCAGGAACUGAAUUCAAGGUUUGAAACUGAUGUUUCUGCACUGAAACAGCAAGUGGAAACCUUAAAGCAGGAGAAAAAUAUCCAGAAAGUGCCUCAACAGGAACUCAUUGUCCCACCAUGCACUAAUCUUGACAACUGCUCAGAGGAAAACCUGUCAGAGACCAGAGAAAUCACUGAAGAAUCAACCAAGGUCAUGAACAAGGAUGUGCAGGAAAUUACUGAGGAGCCUGUAAUGCAGUCAGAGACAAACACCCCAGAUACCAAACUCAUGGCGGGAGCAGGCAAAGAGACUAAAUCAAAGCGUUCAGCUUGGAAAAGAUUACGCCACUCUCUGGGUUUGAGGAAAUCAAAAAAGUAGAAGAAAAGCAACAAUAUCACCUGGUCCCAGCUCCAUAUAAUCGAUCCAGAGAUAACAGAACAUCUUGUUACCAACUGGAAAAAAAAGUUCCCUUUGAACCAAAUAAGAAAUGUACAGUCACAUUCAAAUUCAGUCCAAAUUUUUGAAAAAAGUGGGCAGUACGGUGAUGUGGCGCUUAGUGCUACAACUUCACAGAGAGGACGUCAAAGAUCUAAACACACCGUACUUGCGUGGGUUUUCUCCAGGUGCUCUGGUUCCCCCCACACUGCUAAAAACAUGUCGAUAAUUGGCCAAUGUGACUUGUCAUCAACUGUGAACUGAUUCCAAGAAGAAAAGAUAUUAGACUGUCAUCAAAGUAGCGAGGGGAAUUUAAAAAAGGCAUUCAUAUACGUUAGUAUGCCUGGAAUUUCUUGGAAAGGGACCUGGACAUUAACAGUAUCUUCAUAGACUGUUUGUUUUAUAUGUAUAUAAAAAAGGUUUCUUUAUGAUUAAAAAGCAUCAAAAAACAUAUUCCUCAAAAAACGACAAAAAAUAUAUAAAAAGAUAAAAAAAACAAAAAAAAGAAUUAAAAAAAAGACAAAAAAAAGUAUGAAUGUGUGCGUGAAUGUGUGCGUGAAUGUCUGUGUGAAUG